UAUAAAUACUAAGUCUCCUCCGCUAUUAUUAGUUAUAUUCUGUCUUGAUUCUUCUACGCUUUGUACAUACGACAUUUAAACUCGUCAGAGCAGAGAUCAAAUUUGAUUUGGUAAUUUUCAGUCGCAGACAAACUAAAUAGAUAAAAAAAACACAAAUAAAUGGAGACGAAAUAUUUCUUAAAAAGCUUAAUAAUGGAUUAAUUCUUUUGUUGAAGUUUGCUAGACACUGACCACAAUUCGGACAGCUGAAAAGAAAAAGAAAAAGAAAAAGGGAAAAAAAAGGAAAAGAAGAGAAAAAUUAUAUUCUGAGAUCUUCUCAUCGCAAAAUUAGUUUUGCUAUACCGAGCAAGUAUUCAUUAUAAUUAUCCAAACAUAUUUAGUCACACGUUCAUACAUAAUACACAUUAGUACACUCCAGCACACUUAUUGUACACAGUUUUAUUCAUACACACACAUUUAUCUAUCUAUCUAUCUAUCUAUCUAUCUAUCUAUCUAUCUAUCUAUCUAUCUAUCUAUCUAUCUAUCUAUCUAUCUAUUUAUCUCUCUCUCUCUCUCUCUCUCUCUCUCUCUCUCUCUCUCUAUCUAUCUAUUUUUACAAGUUACAAAAGACACGCGUACGCACAAAAAAUAUACAUAGUAUAACAAAUACAAUAAAUGAAUUUCUGUCUAUGCUGCGCAUCUGUAUGCUUUUAUGCAUGCACAUGUGAAUGUGCGUAGUUAACUAUAUAUACAUUAAUACAUCUACAUUUCUAUGCCAAAGACAGCAAGAACAACAGCAGCAGCAACAAGACCGACAAUAAUAACAACAAACUUCUAAGAUGUAAAAACAAAAAAAAACAACAACAACAACAAAAAGACUGAACAAAUGUGAAAUCUUUACAAGACAAAACACUGCCCAGAAAAAAAAACAGCGUAAAAACGAAGUAAAAAUCAAGUAGUUAAACAACGACAACAACAACAGCAAGCUAAAAGAAAACAACGCCAUUAACAAGAAUAUUUACGAGAACAACAAAAAUAAACACUAGCACAACUUAUUUUGCCCAUUGUUGGAAUAAUAACACGAUCACAGACAACGCCAAAAACAGGUUGUUAGGAUUGGUUCAAAGAAGUGUUUACACCACUUAUUGCUCUGUUUAGUUAAACAGCCGAGUCAAAAAUCUCCAUGAUGGCGGCAUCUUACCUUCUUUUGUUGACGUCUGCUCUUGCGUUGGUGUCUGGACAAAGAUAUAGUCGAGGAGAAGCUGCGAAGAAGAAAUGUGAGUCCUACGGCAAAAUGUGUCCAUAUAACAAGAUAUGCGUGAUUCAGCACAUACAAGUUCCACGAAAAAUGUCCAUACCUGUUUGCAUCUUUAAAGUACAGAAACCAGUUAACUCCGAGAUUUGCAAACUUCCUCCUGACCAUGGAAAAUGUGGAGCACGAUUUGUUCGCUGGUAUUUCAACAGACACUCGCAACAAUGCAGCUGGUUCCAUUAUAGUGGAUGCUCUGGAAAUCGGAACCGCUUCACCUCUAAAGAAUCAUGCGAAGAUUUCUGCAUUAGUCAUAACAGUGCUCUCCAAAUGGUACCACAAGAAAUAAGAGCUAAUCCUGUUAACGCUUUUAAUAGCUACAAUGAUGCUGAUGUUUAUUUGAAGAAAUAUAAUGAUAUCGAAUCGGAAUGGGAUGGAGUCGAGGAGACGGGAAAUGAUACGUCACCGAUGAUGGCGAAAUUAGCAAAUAAUCUUGUACUAACUGUUACUACAAACCCACUUGACACCUUACAACCGUUGAGCUGGUAUAAAAAACGACGCUGCUUGAAAUGGAAACGACAAAAUAGGCGUCUUUGUACUAAAAAGAAUUGGAAACAUCGAAGUUACAAAAAGCAGCGAAAAAAUCGUGUCAGUUUUCUUCGGAAAGAGACGAAGCCUUUGUCAGCACCCACAUACGCCCAUUCUCCGAGGGGGAGGAAUUCUUCCCACAAAGGACGGUAUAGGUACUUACCUAACCGUGCUAACGGUCACAAACUCUUCUCGAUUCUGAAGCGACCAUUCCACUUAAAAGUCAAUCACCAUAAAUUGAACCGAAGUAAUACGUAAAAUGCUCUUUGGUAGAAGGAAGAGUGAACAUAAAAACACAGAAAAAAAACUG